UUUUAACGUUACACUCUCAUUUAGAGUUUUUCAGAAUUGCUAAAACACAUUUUUGAAACCUUCCACCCUUUUCUCAAAACUGUAAACACAAACUCCAAAUGUCAAACUACAUUCACAAAACCUCUGACAACCUCUGCAAAACUGAACAAUCGCCUCAAAACAGUUGUACCUGUGCUCAAAACCAAACACAGAUAAUUCACAAAGCAGUCAAAAUUAAAAAAAAACCCUGCAGUCAUUAGACACUACAUCAAAAAAUGGAAAACACAGUUUAUUAGUUUGUUUGUUUACAAUGCAGUAAAAAAGGAAAGAAAAGUAAAAGUAUUGAGAAUGGGGGUUUGUUUAUGGUUUUGAGAAGGGUAGAAGGUUUUUAGCAAUUGUGGAAAAACUGUAUAAUGGAAAAGACAGACAUUUUAGUACUGUAAAUCAGAAGUAUGCCUACAUUACAGUCUACAGCCUACAAUACACUCGAAUGCCUUACUGACAGUUUCUGUGCAUUGUUAAUAAGAACCUGCACAGUUCAGCAAUCUGUUUGCACACUGAACUAGGUUGUGUCACAUCAUUUGAAACAAGUGUGAUAUUUUUGUUGUUGUUGUGUUUAAUGUAUGACAUCUGUGCUUUCUUUGUGUUUACCUUUUGCCACUUGUGGUUACCAUUAUGCAUCACAGUGCAAAAUGUGUUUUAUUGCAUGAUAGGCCUAAUGUGUUAAGAGUUUGCGAGAACAUUUUUUAUGGUUUUACCAAAGGAGUGAUCGAUUCAAGAAAUAUGUUCAGGCAGCUGAGCAUUUGAUUAAGAGAAUGAGGUUUGGUGUUUUAGCAAAUGUGAAAAACUGUAAUGUAGCUUAGCCUGCUCUGUCCUAUCUUAUACCAUAAGCUUUUAUGGGGUUUAGUAUCGAAGAACAGGUUUCGAAAAGCCCUCGCUGAAUAAGCGGUAUACCAUGACAUCUAGUGGAAACAGUUUGUUCCAUUCAUGGCGUUUGGAUGCGUGUCUGUAUUCAGAAGUUGAUUUUUCAAUUAUUUUUUUAUUGCAAAGCGAAAAAAAUAGGCUUGUUGAGAAAUAUUAUUAAAUUAUUCGAUAUUUUUAUUUCCUCCACUGCUGCAAAUUGCUGUGUAGAGAUCUAAAUGUUUGUACGCACUCCACUCCAGUAGGUGACGUGGUGUGUCUUCUUGCGUGCGCUUUCAACAAAAGUGAAAUGCAUUUUGUUCGGGCUUGCCCAAUGAAAAUUCAGACUGGACAAUUUCAAUGUCACUCAAUUCCAGAAAGUAGGCGCGACCAAACAGCGGGUUACUUUGAAUGUUGCGAUUGCGACAAACAGGAAAAACAGGGACACUGGUCAUUAUAUCGAGUUGAAGUCAUUCAUUAAAUAAAACUAAAACACGACUGUUGUGUAACAAUUCGUUUUAAGAAUGAGGAGACUAAGCAGCAGCUCUAGCAACAGGACACCAAUGGUCAAAAGGCGUUCAAGUAGCUUGGGUUUCGAUGAAUUUGGUUUUGCGCUCAGCAAAAAGAGAGAGCAAAAAUUGCAACACCGAUCUCAUGAAUACAGUUACCCUCAACCAGACGCCGUUAGAGUGAAACAGUUGUGCGAACUGUUGAGCUAUUGGAACGGGUCCAGUUUUAUUUGUCGGAGUCAGAUUGAGCGCUUCAUCAGAAUGGGGAUUCCUCCAUCAUUACGAGGAAGAGUAUGGAAGUGCCUGCUCAACCUUGACUCUCUUAGGGAAUCUGGUGUCUUCAACUACCAGGCUUGCUUGGAUGAGAUCCGCAAACCCCUGGUUGAUCUGGGAGUGAGUGAGUACAGCAUCCUGUCCGCUCUCAGCAGCACGCUUAGCCCGGCCCAGGCGUCUCCUGCACUGGCCUUCUGCAGCCAGGAGGUGGCGCUCUUCCACCAGAUAGCACAGGAGCUGAAGAGGUCAUUUCCAACACAUCGCUCACUCAUGGGAGAGAGUCCUGAAGCCAUUGAAGGCCAAGCCAAGCUCUUCCGGGUUCUCACUGUCUAUGCCAAGUACAACCCUCAGAUUGGUUACAGCCAAGGAAUGUCCUGCAUCGCUGCAGUUCUCCUUAUGCACCUGAGCGAGGAGGAAGCAUUCUGGGCCCUGGUUGUUCUUCUACGGGAGCCAAAAUACCUAUCUGAGUUUUUUGAUCUUUCAUCAGAGAAAAUCCAACAUCAGGCUGCAGUCUUUCACCAGCUCCUUAAACACACGAGGCCUUCACUGUCACAGCACAUGGAGGACUGUGGGGGGAUGUCUCUACACUACGUGCAUCCCUGGUUCCUGGCUCUCUUCACCUCCCUGCCUUGCUGGGACUCUGUGCUGGCCAUCUGGGACCUCGUCAUGCUCCAGGGACUAGUAGGUGUAUUCCGUGCUGGUCUUGCCAUCAUAUCCCUACUGGAGCCACGUCUGAUGGCCCUGACAGACCAUACCACCAUGCUGACCCUUCUGCUCCGGGUACCUGUGGAACUCUCAAAGCACCAUGUUCUGGUUACAGCCCUAUGGGCCACUGAGAUCCAGGAGUCGGAGGUGACGUGUAUGGCCAACCUGGUCCUGGAGAAUGCCAGAGAAGACCUAUGCAAAGAGAACUUGAAGCCCAACUGUACAUCUCUGCCGACCGCAGAGCCCGAAGCCCACAAGACUGAUGCCAAAACACCAGCACUCGCAGCCAAGGAACCAACAAAGGAGGCCACGGGAAGUGUGACCAAGAAUGUGUUUACACGGAUGCUCCGUGUGGCCCGGCGGUACUUGGUGGUGGUGGGCCAGUCCAGUGGCAGCGGAAAGCCGUCCUGCUCAUCCUCCAGCAGCUCCACUGAACCCCAGCCCUCCAAGACCAGGGUCUCGGCCUCCCUUCCCCAGGCACAGAUCAGAGCCAAGAGGAGGAGCCAGAAGGGACCCUGCCUGCGCUCACUGUCCAGGAAAAAGGCCCCAUCCUCCCAAGAAUCAGACGCUGGUGCCACCGAGGACUGCUCAGAGCCAGGCCUCAGGAGGCUGAAGUCAGGGCCCGCAGGGAGAGGGGCCCGUCAGAGGAGUGUCCACAAGGCUCUCAGAAGGAGGUCCCUUCAGCUCUGUCCCAUGGGUUCCCCCCGUAACUCUUCACACAGACCCCUACUCACCAGCACUGAGAGCCCCCAACCAGCACGAUCUACGACAGGACAUUACAGGCAGCGCCACAAAAACCAGCAAGUGGCAUUCAGUCUGCGACGCAGCGGUGGCUUUUCGAACAUCAGAAAUGCAACUCCAUUCAGGGCUCGGUGCCACAUAUCCGGCGAAGAGACGGAUGCUGUCUCCCCAGGAGGCCCAGGAUGAACAGAAUCCCAGGCUGACAGUCAGGGAGUCGCAGCUAAUCUGAGAAGCUAUAGUGGAGGAGGAAGAAGCCCUUGGCUCUUAUUCCCUCCCAGCUUCCCCUGUCCAUCUCCAACCUGAUUUCUCCACACAACCACUUUUCUUUGGACUGGAGCAGCCUGACCCCUGGACUGCCUCUCUCCUGCUCCCCUGCUUGAAAUCAAUCCUUCCCUCUCGGCUCUGCGGGCUCCGGGGCUGGCUCCUCCAGGCGGAGCUGACCUUUGGGGUUCGAGUAGGUCCACUCAAGAGCACUUACGCUGGGCAGGCUGCCAUGGACAGAGGGGUGGGCCCAGGGGGGCUUCCGUGGAGAGAUUUACUGCUGGGGAGUCGCUGCUGUCGUGAUGGAUGACUCCUUCGGUGGACAUGCCACAGAUAAACUGUAUUUCUAUCUCUUCUCCCAUGUCGUAAGGCCUAGUCAGCAACAUAACGUUUAUGCAUGUUUUUUUUUUGUUUUUUUUCCUCAUUCAGAGUGACCGUAUCCUGUAUCCAUAUGUGCCUCUUUUAGAUCUCAUAUUUUAGUGCUUUUCGAGUCACUUACACACUACCACAUUUAUUAAUUCAUGUGGAGCCAUUUGGAGAAGGACUACUUUGAUGUUUCCUGUUACAGUAAAGAACCAUAUGUUAUUUUGGUAUGCCACUCCAGUACAUGGGGCGCCACAGCGAAGCCUCUGGUUUUAUUGUAAUAUUUUUAUAUAGCAGUUUGAAAUAAUAAAACAUUAACAGCC